AUGCGCUCAAUUAUUUCGGCAGUUAUUUUCAGCCUGAACCUUUUUACCCAGCCUCUUGUUCAGGGUCUACCUUCUGCGGCUGACUGGCAAGAAUUACAAAAGGCCGUAGAAGGCAGGCUUUUUACUGCAGAGCCGCUCGCUCGGCCAUGUUUCUCUAUUUUCCAAGGGGAAUCCGUGGAGCCAAAUGCUGGAGAGUGUAGCACAAUAAAACAACAUUACCUGAACAGCACUUUCAGAACUGCCGCGUACGCUGGGUUCGUCCACUCGCACAACGAGGCUUGUGCAUACAACGUCACGGACCAGUGUCUACUUUCAGCAGACGCAUUCUCAACAAAUGGCACCAACACUACUAGUGCGGCUCCCCUCACGGGUCCCUGCAACCGCGGGAUACUGUCCGAGAAGUACAUUGCCGUAUCAGGAGCCGAGGAUGUGCAGGCUGCGUUCAGAUUUGCGCAUCGCACCGGCAUGAAGCUUUCGGUAAAGGCCACGGGCCAUGACUACGCCGCACGCAGCAGCCUCAAAGGCUCCAUGGCGCUGUGGACCCGCCGGCUGAACGGCAUGGCCUUUAACCCAUCUUUUGCCCCUGUCGGCGGCUCUACACCGCCGGUCGCCGCCAUCACGGUCGGCGGCGGCGCAACCCUUGGAGAAGUGUACAGGUUUGCCGACGAACACAAUGUCACUUUCAUCGGCGGCUCUUCCGGCACCGUUGCGGCGGCCGGUGGGUUUAGUCUUCUCGGUGGACACGGAACUUUGACCCCAACGUACGGCAUGGGCGCAGACCGCAUGUUGGAAGUGACCGUCGUUACGCCAGACGGCCAGCUUCGCAUAGCCAACGCCCAUAUGAACCCAGACCUCUUUUGGGCGCUGCGAGGAGCAGGUAGUGCCACCUUUGGGGUAGUGCUCAACGCCACCUUCAAGGUAGAGCCCGUCAUGCCUAUCACGUUGGCUUUGAUGAGCUUUAACGCUACCGGUACCAACACUGGUCCCUUCCUCUCCCUACUUAUGAAUCACACCACCAUCUGGGCAGACGAAGGCUGGGGAGGUCCGAUGAGCAUGUCUACCCUUGCCCUUGUCAACCCGGCCAUGUCGCUGGACGCAGCAAAACGCUCCAUGCAGGAUGUGGCCGACUAUGUAUCCGCUCAGGGUGGCACCGUUGUCCUGGAGAGGCUACCUUCUUUUUACUCCUUUUACACCAAGUACGUCGAGGCCGCCAGCUCAACCGGCACCGGCGCCGCGACUUUUGUCACCUUCCGGACCCUCCCGAAACGCCUGCAUCAGAGCGAAGAGGGACGGGCCGCCAUGGCCAAGACCUUGCAAGGCAUCAAAGCCACCGGCCAUGACACGGUCAUCUUCCAGACGACACCCAACAAGUUCCCCUACGAACCGGGCUCCAACUCUGUACACCCGUCGUGGCGCGACAGUUAUUGGUUGGUGGGCACAUCCAUCUCUUGGUCGUCUAACGACGCCAGCCUCGAGGAGCGCAUGCGGGUCGCGGCCAUGGUGCAGGAGGUUUCGAAAAACCUAACCGAUCUCGCUCCAGAGGGUAGCAUGUACCCCAACGAGGCCGAUCCCUGGACCAGGGACUGGGCAAACGAGUUUUGGGGCGAGGAGAACUACGCCAGGCUGGUACAGAUCAAGAGGAAAUAUGACCCCCACGCCCUAAUCGGUUGCUGGAAGUGCGUAGGCUUUGAGGAUAGCCUCAUGGAGACGGAGUCGGCAUACCGAUGCCUUGGCGCGUUCCAAAAUGGCAAGUGA